AUGUGAGUAGUACAUUUUUCUGUAUUUAUUUUGGGAAUAAAUGAAUAAAAGUUGAUUAUCUCAAUGUUUUUGAAUAGUGUAAAUAUUGUAGUAACAAUAAUAACAUUAGAGUGUAUUUUUAUUAUGUACAUUCACAAAAAAUAUAUUUAUUCAAAUUGUUUGACAGUGCAUGAUUUGGCUAUAUUCGCGCCAUGUUGCAUUUGAUUAUUAACAAAUCUUGAAUAGUUCAGUAAAAUUUUCUAUUUCUUAUUUGUGAAUCCAUAAGUUUAGAACCCUGAUAGUCAGUACUUAAAGGGAAAACUUCUAAUUCACUGGUUUCCAUUGUAUUUAUUUGUCCAAGUCAGUGUAGAACUCCACAUGGUUCUAUGCCGCGUGGACACUUUAAUAUGAUUUGUUUUCAUUCUUUGAACAUUGUACAAGUUGAGUGUGCCGAUAAUUCAAUAUUGUAAGACAUUUUAUAGAGAUUGCCGUAUAUCAUAUUUUAAAGUUAGUUCACUGUAGUUGCUUUCAUAUAUAAUUUUUAGUUUGUACAAGCAAUUUUUUCGCUUUAGUAGACAAAUUGUUAAAUCAAGCUUACAAGGUAGAAACAACUGUAUAAACAAUGGCAGAUAAUUUAGAUGAUUCACAUUUUGAAACUGGAGAUUCCGGAGCAUCUGCUACCUAUCCUAUGCAAUGCUCAGCAUUGCGUAAAAACGGUUUUGUCAUGUUAAAAUCUAGACCAUGUAAGAUUGUAGAAAUGUCCACUUCUAAAACAGGAAAACAUGGACAUGCUAAAGUUCACUUGGUUGGUAUUGAUAUCUUUUCCGGAAAAAAAUAUGAAGAUAUUUGUCCUUCAACACACAAUAUGGAUGUACCUCAUGUCAAACGUGAAGACUAUCAAUUAACAGAUAUUUCUGAUGACGAUUACUUAUCCCUUAUGUCUGAUAAUGGAGAAUUGCGUGAAGAUCUUAAGGUUCCAGAUGGGGAAGUUGGAGCUCAAGUACGUGCAGAACAUGCCGCUGGCAAGGAUAUAUUAUGUACUGUACUCAAAUCGUGUGGAGAAGAGGUCGUAAUUGCCGUAAAAACAAAUACUGCACUCGAUAAAUAAUAAAGGCCGGUUGUACGACAGCGGGGUCGAUAUUAAAAAGAAGUCACAUUUGCCCUUUGGACUCCCCCCGCUUAAAACGUUUCAUGAAUCUAUCUAUCAUAUUGGACCAUCAGUUUAAAAAAUUAUAAAAAGCUUAUCCAAAAUGCUCGACGCCCUGUCAACCGGCAAAACGACGUCGAUGUGGUGUAAUUUACAUCUUUUGUAUUUGUUGAAAAAUUAAAUGCAAACAGCUACAUUUUCAUUCAAUAAAACUAAUUUAAUUUUAA